CGCUGACGGUCCCGGGGCGGGGCGGGCAGCCGGCUGGGGCCUGGGCCCGAGGGGGAAGAUGAGCGCCCUCCUAGAGCAGAAGGAGCAGCAGGAGAGGCUGCGGGAGGCCGCGGCCUUGGGGGACAUUCGGGAGGUGCAGAAACUGGUGGAGAGCGGGGUGGAUGUGAACUCCCAAAAUGAGGUCAACGGCUGGACCUGUUUACACUGGGCAUGUAAACGCAAUCAUGGUCAGGUGGUCUCUUACUUAUUAAAAUCAGGAGCUGACAAAGAGAUUCUUACGACAAAAGGAGAAAUGCCAGUCCAGUUGACGUCAAGGAGAGAAAUCAGGAAGAUCAUGGGGGUGGAAGAAGAUGAUGGUGACGACAGCCUCCCCCAGCUGAAGAAGGAGUCAGAACUGUCCUUUGUUCCCAACUAUUUGGCCAACCCGGCCUUCCCCUUCCUUUACACCCCUGAGGCGGCUGAGGACCCGGCCCCGCUCCAGAACGGGGGCCCCUCCACACCUUCUGCGUCACCCCCUGUGGACGGCGCCCCUCCACUGCUGGCCGCCGGGGAGCCUGCCCUGGUCGGGCCCUUUCCACGGGACCACGCCUCGCUGGCACUGGUUCAGAACCGGGACGUGUCUGCCCCCUCGGCCAUACUCAGAACACCAGAAAGCACAAAACCGGGUCCUGUCUGUCAGCCCCCAGUGAGUCAGAGCCGCUCGCUCUUCUCCUCUGUCCCGUCCAAGCCACCAGUAUCUCUGGAGCCUCAAAAUGGGACGUAUGCAGGGCCAGCGCCAGCCUUCCAGCCGUUCUUCUUCACGGGGGCAUUUCCGUUUAAUAUGCAAGAGCUGGUACUCAAGGUGAGGAUUCAGAACCCAUCUCUUCGAGAAAAUGAUUUCAUCGAAAUUGAACUGGACCGACAGGAGCUCACCUAUCAAGAGCUGCUCAGAGUGAGCUGCUGUGAGCUGGGCGUUAAUCCAGACCAGGUGGAGAAGAUCAGAAAGUUACCCAAUACUCUGGUAAGAAAGGACAAAGACGUGGCUCGACUCCAAGAUUUCCAGGAGCUGGAACUGGUUUUAAUGAUCAGUGAAAACAACUUCCUGUUCAGAAACGCUGCCUCCACACUGACCGAGAGGCCUUGCUAUAACCGGAGAGCUUCCAAACUGACUUACUAAGUGUGGCAGGGACCUUUGAUCGCUGGGUGUCGUGACAGUGCGCAUCACUUCCAGGCCCAGGGAGAGCCGUGGAUCGAAAUGUCUCGCGCGUCCCCAGAGGGCCCCGGUGCCACUGCGUAAUUGACACUAACAUCGUUCUGCCAUGGUGGGGAGCCCCUGCCCCCCCACCCCCCGCAGCGGUGCCACACUCUUCCAAGCCUCUUGGUGCACAAUAAACCUGCUGCUUGAAGCUGUGAACAGCUGCGAAGCUGGAGAGGCACGAGCCGGCCAUCCUGAAGCCACUCUUUCCCGUGCCCCACCUGAGCGGCCCGUCCCAGCAGAGGCGGGGAGCGCGGGGCGUGCCUGCGGCCCCGCCUGUGGACAGGGCACUCGCAGGGCUCUCUUGGGGUGCCCCGCUCACGACCCUCCUGAAGGGUGAUCCGGCUAGAGAGGAAACUGGGGAAAGCACAGGUACCGGACCCGUGAAUUUUUAGCGUGACUUGUGGCUGUGAGGUGUCACAUUAACAUAUUUACACAUGUUACUCAGGUCUAAAGCAAUUAAGAAUACAGUUACCUAGUUGUAAAUAGGCUGUUAACCAAAAGAGCUGCCCGUCCCCCACGUUGUCCUCUGUGAACCCUCGGGGCCGCCUCUCCGUCUCCGUCGCCUGGACAGUCGUCUCUGCAUUAACGAACGCUGUGCUCACUAGAGGGCUCUCUGACGCUUUCUAAAAAGAGCAGCCGUUUUCUUUUUCUUUUUUUUCUUUCUUUCUUUCUUUCUUUUUUGUUUUUUAACCCUCUGCAGUGAUUCCUGGCCUCUCUCGGCUGAACCGCACCAUCCGAUAAAGAACAUGGACGUGGCGGGCCCAUGGUCCCCACUCGCGUGCCCCGCCAGGAAUGAAAAGCAGUUUGCGAAACUGCAUCCGAUGCUAUUUUACAGGUGAUUGUGGGAAGCUGAGCUAAAGGAGUUUGCGUCUUUAUUUUUGUAUCAAAGAUCGAGGUUUAUUUUGAAAUCAGUAGGUUUUUACACAACUCUGAAAUCCGUCGCUUUGGUAAACCAACUGUUGGGCCUUAGGGUCCCCCACUGCCCCCCCCACACACACCCCCAUCCACCCACCACCCACCACCCACCACCCGCCACCCUUCCGCUUCACAGAGUCAGCUUGUGCGUCUACCAGGCUUGGUUCUGGAAAAACACCGGAUUACACUCUUGAGCGCGGCCCAAGAAUCUUUGCAAAGAACGCAUUGGAGAAUUCUCUCCCUUCCUUUCGGUGUCAUUAACGUUAAAAGAGCCACCGUCUUGUUGAAACCAACAGCUUCACUUUAGAAAUACGAACGAGCACACUUAGAUGAACAGGAGGGCAGGGGUUCGAAGCCCGCUGCUGAAGAACACACCCCUGCCGCCGUAGGAAGCUUCCUCCCCAUAGUGCCUAUAGUUUCCAAAGAAACUUCACUUCCUAACAGCGGUAAUAUUUUUGGAACACUGAGACUGAUCGCUGACAGAGCGAGAACAUGCAGGAGGUGUCAGUGGAAGAGAGUGCUGUGCUCAGAGAACGGCCUCGACACCAACUCUGAGGAAUCACGCCAUUCAGUGAUUUCCCCCCGGGUCCCCUGCUUCCCGAUGGUAAUGUGCUCACCCCUGUCCGGUGUCUGCAUCGCAGAGUCAGACUCUGCAGGGAAGUUCCUUGUGAGCCCCUUCCCUGAAGUGCUUUAAAGAAGAAACAGCCCUUGUGUUUCAACCAGUCCGAAGCUAGUUUACCGAGACCUACUAACCUUCUUUUCCUUCCCUUUGGAAAAAGUGAUCGUUUACUGAUACCAUUAAGGCUAGUUCGAUCCUGGCGGAAACAAAUCCAGUAUUAAUUUGUGUCUAAAUCACUGGGGUUAAAAUCUUCUAGCCACUUAGAUCAGUUAGAGACUCCAAAGCAGUGGGGGUCCUGGCCGGGAGGGAGGUGGCCUACGGAGUGGCUCCAGGGCAUUUCCCCGGUUCAGAAACCGGCGAGGGCGACCGAGGUGUCUCAGGCCAGGGAUGAGCCCUACGCUGGCCUCUCUCCUCCCUUGUAAAGUCCUCCGUGGCCACCUGACCCCUGCCUCGGGCGGUGGGAUGAGACUAACAGUUGCCGGUAGGGGAGUUUAAAGUCUUAAUCUAUGCAUUCAGAGAAAUAUUUUUAUAUGCUUUGUGUAAUUUAUAACAAGGAUUUUUUUUUAGCUUUGUUAACUGUGAACUCACCCCCCCCACCGCAUAGUUAACGCAUGUAUUCACACCGUGUGUAAACAUUCACCCAAGACGGUUUUCUCUGUGCAUUGCCGACUGUUCAAACAUACCAAGUAUUAUUAAAAUUAAAUAUUAAUGAC